UAAAGAAAAAACUAAAGAUUGUGAUGUCCCAGAUGAGUCGAGUAGUAACGCGGAUGACGUGCAAAUAUCUCGGGGAGAAGCUGCGAAGAAGAUGGAUUCGGAAUCUUCGGACAGUAAUUUAGAUAAUCCCGAGAAGGAUCUGUCCGAGAAGAACAUUGAGCCCGAAAACACGGAGUUUAUACAAUUCUCUCACGACAAACAAGACGAUUCCCAGAUUGAGGGCCAGUCUAUGGACGCGGAGGAUCCGUUCGGCGGUGACAAUCUUACGUCCGAAAACGUGGAACAGGCGGAAAUCGACGGUCUUGCUGAAAACGAGCUCAGUUUUAAAAAGUUAUACGAGCAAGGUGAUAAUUUGCAGGAUGCGGUAAAUGCUAGAAAUAACGAUUGUAAUGAGAAGCUUAGCGUCGAUUCAGCAUUAAACGAUCCGAAGGAUGCCGACGUCGACAAAACCACGGACAAUAUUGCUGAAUCGUCGAGUAAUGUACAACCUACCGUCGAUUCUCUCGAAAAUACCUCAAUGGACAUUGAUCUUCCGGGUACUAGUACGUCAGAGGCAGAAACGGGAAAUAUGUUUUCCACAAAAUCAGCCGGUGAACAAGAUGAGCAGCCCAAGAAGAACAUCGAAGAAAUUACACCGAUGGAAACGGACGAGGAGCAGACCGACGUAUUGCCGGGACAAGAUGACGAAUUAUGUAUUAUCCCAGACAGCAUGAAAGUAAUAAUACCAAAUAAAUCAGGUAAAACGGUGGAGGGCGAUCAAAGCGAAUCUGCACUUGCCAAUGAUUCUAAAUGCGAGGAAAAAUCAGCGAAAUGUAGCAAAUCUAAUUCCGAGCUUGAAAAGGAUACUUCACCAGAUGAAUCCAAAUCGGCAACUACGGAAAAUGAAAAUAAAGGCGAAAGUGCCGUAAAGCAGAAGGUGACUGUUCCAGAUGAGCUCAAGUCAACGACAGAAAACUCAAUGCCAGCAACGGAUGUUAUUAAUAUCGAUGACGAGUCGAAAAAUUCUGAAGUUGAAGAGAUUAGUAAUAAAGAUGUUUGUAAGCAGUGCGGCGAAGAACGAGCGUGCAAAAUUCGGGUGAAACUCGGUACGGAACAUUAUUUUGUAUGCUCGAAAACGUGUAAGGCAUUAUUUAAAGCAGCUCAUCAUAAUAAAGCAAUCGAUAUGCCGAGCCAAGGAGCCCACUCUAAACAAGAGAAGCGUUGUGCGAGUUGUUUAUCAGUUAUAGAACCAAAUGACGAACGAAAUCUUUCCUGGGAAACAAUGGAAUACUGCAACGAUCAAUGUUUGGGAAAGUUCCAACGGAAAUACGGAAGUUUCUGCAAAAAUUGUAGUGGUACAGUUCAAGCUGUGAGUUUAGGGAAAUACUGCGUGAGAUUCGGUUGUGACGUGAGGCAGUUUUGUUGUUCAACGUGUUUAGAGGAAUUUAAAAAGGGUUUAAAAGUCUGCAGCUACUGUCAAAAAGACAUAAGUUUUGGCACGGAUGGCUUCCUUGCACCAGUCGGGGAGAAAGGACAGUUUAAAGACUUUUGUACCCAAGACUGUAUGGAAAAAUAUUCUAAAUUGAAUUCUUCCGUACCGCCGGCUACGGAAAAAAAGCCAUGCAGCGUCUGUCAGGAGGAAAAGCUCGUACACUGCGAAGUUCAAAUAUACAAUAGCACUCCGGUAGCUAUAUGCAGCGAACCCUGUUUCGCUGCAUUUAAGUUUGUGAAACAAGUCAGACCUGAGCAGUGCUCUACCUGCAAGAAAUUUUUUGAAUUACCAAAUAAGCAAAAUUUCAUUGUAUUUUAUGAGAAUGAGCCUCAUACAUUUUGUAACAAGACGUGCUUGAAUAUAUUUAUCAUAACGAAUAGGAAAAUAGUUCCAUGUAACUGGUGCAAAGUAAAGAAGUAUAACUUUGAUAUGAUCAAGAAGGAAUUAAAAACGGGACAAACCCUGAUGAUGUGCAGCUUAAAUUGUUUGACGUUGUAUCAGGUUUCCAUUAAUGCAGUAUCUGCAAAACGAAUUAACUGUGAUUUAUGCAAGGAAUAUUCCUUAGCGCAUUAUCAUCUCACAAUGUCAGAUGCAACGAUACGUAAUUUUUGUUCGUACAACUGCGUCAUGAAUUUCCAAGCACAAUACACUAAGUCACCUAUAACUAUACCGUCGAGCGACGAUCCCGUGCCUACAAGUGGGCCCACGAAGACCAUGUUACCACAGAGAAGUACGAAUCAGCCUGUACCCAGCGAGAUGCAAAGUAAGAAGAAAACUAUGCCGGUUAUCUCCUCAGUAACGAGCCUAGCCUCGAUAGGAAAUGGACAAGCGAGUCCGACGUCGCAGCAAAGCAGUAUGGUAAUGCCUGCGAACGCGAAUCAAACGAAGCAGAUGGUCUACAAGCCACAAGUCAUUACCAGACCGCCUAGUCCAGUAAAAGUGCACAACAAGAUGACUCAGUGCAAGCCAUUGGUGCAUACGAAAGGAGUUUCUGUGCGUCCUCAUCCUUGCACAAAGUGGACACAGACGACCGAAAAAGUUGAACAGGUGCUUGUACCUAUACCAGUGCCAAUUUACGUUCCGUUUCCAAUGCAUAUGUACAGCAUGCCUUUCCCAGUUCCAAUGCCUUUUCCAUUGCCCAUACCCGUUCCGCUGUUUAUACCCACUACGAGAAAUAGCGCUAAGGGAAUUAUGAAAGAUAUCAAGAAAAUACAAGAGAAGAUACCGGCCGAUCCGUACGAAGCCGAACUCCUUAUGAUGGCUGAGAUGGUAGCUACCGAAAAGAAGACCAACGACAGCGAUUCGGACUCAGUGGACGAUAGGGAAGGUGACACAGCUGAUCAAGACAAUUUACAUAGUGAUGGUUUCAGUCCGGAAGCGGUUGAUACCAGUAACACGUUCGGAGAUGACAUGUUGCAAAUGGCGUUAAAAAUGGCCACGGAAGAAUUAGACGAGCCGGCAGUCGAUUUGGAAGCUGCCUUGACGCCGAACACGAUUACAGCUACGCAGGCACCGUCGCAACCAGAGAACACUUUAGACAACGACGUGCAAUCGGACCGAUUAAUGGUUGCUUCUAGAGGAAGGAAACGUGUGAUGCCAUACAAGCCGCGCGCAACACCAACCAAACGAAUGAGACGCGUCUCCGGUACAAAUGACAUGCCAUUAAUGCCACCACCGGAGUCACAGCCACCCCCGCAACCGCGCAUUAUGGAGCCGAUGGAAAAACCUGACGCUAACAUGGCGUUAAAAUAUACAUUUGGCGUAAAUGCGUGGAGGCAAUGGGUAAUAGGAAAGAAUGCCGAAUUAGAAAAACAAAUUACACCAAUGAGGAAGAUAAAGUUGUUCAAGACAGAUCUCUUACAACUUACCGCGGACGAGUUAAAUUAUUCUCUAUGCCUCUUUGCGAAGGAAGUAAGAAAACCGAAUGGUGCGGAGUAUGCUCCCGAUACAAUAUAUUAUCUUUGCCUAGGAAUACAGCAGUAUCUAUUUGAGAAUAACAGGAUCGAUAACAUAUUCACGGAUUCGUAUUACGAGAAAUUUACAGAUUGCCUAAAUGAAGUAGCGAAAAAGUUCUCCGUGCUGUACAACGACGCCCAAUACAUCGUGACCAGGGUGGAGGAGGAACACUUAUGGGAAUGCAAACAAUUAGGUGCCCAUUCUCCGCAUGUUCUGUUAAGCACGCUUAUGUUCUUUAACACGAAACAUUUCAAUCUUGUGACGGUGGAGGAACAUAUGCAACUUUCCUUUUCUCACAUUAUGAAGCAUUGGAAGCGCAAUCCAGCAGCUCAACCCACGGCAGUAACAGGGAAAGUUCCUGGCUCAAGAAACGUCCUUCUGAGAUUUUAUCCGCCACAAUCAGCUCUUGAAGCUAAUUCAAGAAAAAAGAAAGUGUAUGAACAACAAGAAAAUGAGGAGAAUCCAUUGAGAUGUCCUGUUAAGUUAUACGAAUUCUAUUUGUCGAAAUGCCCGGAAAGCGUUAAGACGCGAAAUGACGUCUUUUAUCUACUGCCAGAACGCAGCUGCGUACCAGACAGUCCGGUAUGGUACUCGACAUCGCCCCUCGCAAAGGAACAGCUCAUCAAAAUGUUACAUCGUAUUAAAAUGGUUAAAGAAAUUAAUGUAGCUUUACUAACGAGUUAAUUUCACCUAUUGCAAUGAUCUCUUAUGUCGUUAAGCCAAUAAUUAAAGAAAAACAAAAGAAAGAUUGAUCUAUUUUAACACUUUGACUGCCAUCCGAAAAUUUAAAUUUGGCUUUGGGCUCGGCGAUAUUUCCCCCGACAAUGCUGUAUAUUAUAAUUGUCGAAGAACUCUUGCGGAUACGAAUUACAUUUUGUUCUUACAAAGUGUUAAAAUAGUGCAGAAGAGUGGCUACUACAAAAAUGAAACGAUGCGAUACAAUAUUGAAUAUAGAAUUAGAGUUUUCCAGUUUCUAUUGUAUAUUUUUCACUUCCCAAUACAAAGAAACUUAUUGAUCAUUAAAGUUUCUGAAAUUGUGAAAAAUAAUACACAUUAUUUAAGCUUUAUCUACGAAACACAAGUAACAACGCAGAAAAUCCAUUUAUCUAUUGUUGUUCUUAUGUUUAAUUCUAUAUAUUUUUGUUAAAAAGAAUUCAAUAAUUGUGAAAUCCUAAUCUUUUCUACAAUGAUUACAAUUGUAUGAUAGCAUGCUAAUGGAAAGGAUAUCAUUACAGAGAUACAGAAUUGUAACAAAAAAAAAACAAAUAUAUUUAUUUAUUUCGUUCUAUUUCCUUA